AUGGCCAGCAACGAAGGCAAAACGCUUUUAUCCCUUCUGUGUGGUGAUAAAUGGCUCUGGGAUCCGGGUCACUCGUAUAGCCUGAGAUUCCAUGAGAAUGGAACAGGCGAGAUCGUGGCCUGUGACGCGUUGGUCAUGUUUAUUCUCGCGGAAUUCGACUGGAAGCCAGUAGACACCACGGCCUCCCUAACACAACCCUUAGAGCUGGGUGACAGUAAAACAUUCCAGUUCAGUAUCAGUCUGACAUUGACGAAACGCAAGAUACCGCAGAUUGGGGGUGUUUCCACACAACGGUACAGCGUCAAUGAGACAGUGCUGGAAGAAGGUGCUUUUCAGCCGAAAGAAUACACAUUGCGGCUCGAGCAGGGCAUGUUCAAGCCUACGGACCCGUCCAACCCGUUCUACGAGUGGCAUCGACUCCGAAUGGUGUUCAGCCCCUCUCCGUAUCCACCUUUGGAACAAUGGAAGCGUAAGCAGCCCGCUGGCGUACUUCGGUUCUGGGAGAAAGACACAUUUUAUAGUCAGCGAAUUCCUGAAGAAGAGGUGACCCGAAGGGACGAUUCAGCAAUGGAGGGAAAUAGCUAG